AUGGCGCUGCCGGGGACGUUGCUGGUGAUCUGCUAUUGCGGGUCCAUGCUUCUGGGCGUCUUUGCGCGCACUUCGUUUCCAAGGUAUCACUCGGAAAGCCCCGAAGUAGGAAGACUUGUCCAACGUUACGACGGUCGCCACGAUCACCGUCGACCGCACGAACUAGGGUUCGGGUACUACUACCAGGGCGAUAUCAUGCUGCCGGAGCAACAGAGUGUCGAUCGAGUGUCGCUCUCCAACAAGUUUCCGUCCAGCUUGUGGCCCAACGGAGUCGUGCCGUACUACUUCGCUCCCGAUACGUUCAAACCAAACGAGAUCUACAUGAUCGAGAAAGCGAUGGACGAGUUUCACAGGCAAACGUGCGUUCGGUUCGUGCCACGAACACCGCAAACUCCUUACUACGUGACGAUCACGAACCGUGAGACCGGCUGCUUCGCGUCGAUCGGCCGCCGGGAGAAUAACGGCCAGAACCUGCUGAACCUGCAGACCCCGAACUGUCUGUACGGUGGGACACCCGUCCACGAGAUGAUGCACGUGCUCGGCUUCCUGCACGAAGUGAGCCGCGCCGACCGGGAUGAGUACAUCCACAUUGACCGCAGUGCCCUCGCACGGCAAUAUCAAACUGGCAACUUUUUUGCCAUUAACUUCGGCAAGGAUGUCGAUGGCAGCACGACGACGUACAACAUCUCGUACAACUAUGGCAGCAUCAUGCACUACAGCAAAACUGCCGGAUCGGUUGAUGGCCGGAAGCAAGUGCUGUUCAACCUUAGACCGUACGCGAAAGACGAUUUUGGCAGCGACAGGCUCACCGCACCGGACAUUGAAUCCGUCAAGUAUCGGUACUGCCAGGGAAGCUCCAGUGGCGACGGUGCCUUUUCUUUACUUCCCUUCAUCACCAGCAAAGCAAGUCGCAUCCUAAGUUAUUCCAGGUCUUCUUUCUGA